AUGAGUGAUAAUGAUGAUUUCCCCCUUGGAUCUCUAAUACCAGUUGGUUCGACCACCAAUGUAUCUUUUAUUUUGGGACCUGUUACAGAGGUCAAACUUAAUGAGGCCGAACAGACAUAUUGCAUAGAAUUUGGUCAGAACGCCAUCCAGAUCGAUAUUCCUCCGAAUUCCUCCAAUCUUUCCCAGAACGCCAAUUGCUUCCUCCUGUUUAGGAGUUUGUUCACGAAGGCUCUAUACGAAGAAGCGGGUAUCGAUUAUUCGUCACGCAACAAACGGUCUAUUUGUUCUACCCGAACGAGAGAAGCUUGGAGUAAAGCGGGUAUCGAUCCGUCACACAACAGACGGUCUAUUUGUUCUACUCGAGCGAGUGAAGCUUGGAGUAAAGCUCCCGAAGAGCUAAAAGAAAUCUUUAGAAAUCUUGCGAACAAAAAUAAGCCUUUAAGAAAAAAGCAAAAUAGAAGAACAGAACCCCCCACAGAAUUCCCCACAGAAUUCCCCACAGAAUUCCCCACAGAACCCCCCACAGAGGCCCCCACAGCAGCCCUCACAAACCAAUUUUUCGUGACCUGCAAUUGCGCGACGACUGCACCAUACCCAUACAUCUCCGAUGGAAGCUUCGUGGCUGGUUUGUCGUAUAACUAUCGAUCUCUGUUCGGCACUCUCAAGACUUCCUUCCGCCAGAUCUAUAACGCCAUCCAUCACGGUCAUCGACGCAAUUAUCAGCUUCAAGAAAUAUCUUCUUCGAGUUAA